UGAAUCGAGUUGAAAUUCGCGCUGGUGACGACAUUAAAGCGUUGCAUCUUGGGACAAUCUCUCUUUCUAGCCUAGGCCACAUCGGAGCACACAACCGGUGGGUCGGAAGGAAUUCAACAGCAAAAAUGGUUGCCGCAAAGAAAACGAAAAAGUCCCUGGAGUCCAUCAACUCCCGGCUCCAGCUGGUGAUGAAGAGUGGGAAGUACGUCUUGGGCUACAGACAGACGCUCAAGAUGAUCCGCCAGGGCAAAGCCAAGCUGGUCAUCCUGGCCAACAACACCCCUGCUCUUAGGAAAUCUGAAAUUGAGUAUUACGCCAUGCUGGCCAAGACGGGAGUCCAUCACUACAGCGGGAACAACAUAGAGCUCGGUACAGCUUGUGGUAAAUACUUCAGAGUGUGCACAUUGGCUAUCAUUGAUCCAGGCGAUUCCGACAUCAUCAGGAGCAUGCCCGACCAGCAGCAGCCUGGUGAGAAGUAACUGUACAGUCCACGCCCAAAGUUGUAAUAAAAAAAUAUUACAAAAA